CUCCUCUUUCACAGUUCUUCAAAGGGUCGUUACAGUACAGCAACAACUCAGCAUAAAGGCAAAGAAAUUCUAGAGAGAGAGAGAGAAGAAAGCAAUGGGUUGAGAGGAAAGCAAAAGGUAAGUUUUAUAUUUCUCUGAAGGCAGCACUUACCCUUUGUGAAGAACUGUUGCACCUGGCUUCUGUGCUAGUCAGGUGCAAACAGUGAGUGAUUGGAAGCUCUAUUUUGUUUACCAGUGUAGAAUUGGACGUCUUAAAGCUUCAUUCAUCAAGUUUGGGCCUGGAUCAAUUGUUGGGACCAUACUCACUUGGUUCAUAAAUUGAAAUCUUGCGUUGUUGGUGUAGAUAGUUUGCAGCAUUGGCCAGAGAAUCAUGGCGGAUAUGACUAAUGCAGAAUCCCGACGGAAGUACUCUUGGUGGUGGGACAGUCAUAUAAGCCCCAAAAACUCAAAAUGGCUUCAGGAGAAUCUUACAGACAUGGAUGCCAUAGUUAAAGCAAUGAUCAAGCUAAUCGAAGAAGAUGCUGAUUCCUUUGCAAGGAGGGCAGAGAUGUACUAUAAGAAACGCCCAGAGCUUAUGAAAUUGGUUGAAGAGUUCUAUCGAGCAUAUCGUGCAUUGGCUGAAAGAUAUGAUAAUGCAACCGGGGUGAUUCGCCAGGCUCAUCGGACUAUGGCUGAAGCUUUUCCAAAUCAAGUACCCUUCAUACUUCCUGAGGACUCGCCUGCCAAUUCAGUCCCAGAUGUUGAUCCCUGUUCACCUGAAAUGUCAACCCCUGUACGUGCAUUGUUUGACCUUGAUGAUUUGCAAAAGGAUGCUUUGGGACUUUCUUCAUCUCAUUUUCAUGCUGUAAAGCGGAAUGGGGACCUGACAGAAGAGUCCAAUUCUGUAACAACUAGAAAGGGUUUGAAACAGGCCAAUGAUUUGUCUGGGUCCGGAGGCCAUGCAAAAUUUGGAGAAGGGAGGGUCAGAAAGGGCCUCAACUUUCAUGAAACAGAGGAGAAAGAACAAAGAGUGCAAAGUAAGGAGAACCACAAUUUCCUGAAUCAGGCCCUGUCUGAAUCUGAGAGAGGGGUUAAGCCUGACGAGGAAUUUUUAGCCUUAAAGGAAGCCCUUGCCAAACUAGAAGCUGAGAAGGAAGCUGGCCUAAUUAAGUACCAACAGAGUUUGAAGAUAUUGUCUGAUCUAGAAUCAGAUGUCUCUCGGGUCCAAGAGGAUUCCAAAGGACUUGGGGAACGAGCAAGCAAAGCAGAAGUGGAAGUUCAAAUCUUGAAGGAAGCCCUCACAAAGUUAGAAGCUGAAAGGGAAGCUAGCCAUCUACAACAUCGGCAGUGCUUGGACAAAAUAUCUAGUCUACAGACCAUUAUCUCUCAAGCCAAAGAUGAUGCUGCUGAACUUAAUGAGCGAGCAAGCAAAGCUGAAAUUGAAGCUGAGUCCAAAAAUCAAGUCCUUGCUAAAAUAGAAGCUGACAAAAGUGCUGCUCUCUAUCAAUACCAACAAUCUUUGGACAUGAUAUCAAAUCUGGAGAGCAGAUUAUUGCAAGCUGAAGAAGAUGCCAGAAAGUUUAGUGAGCGUGCUGACAAAGCCGAAAGGGAAAUUGAAUCUCUGAUGCAAGCUAUUGCCAAAUUGACUGAAGAAAAGGAGUUUGCCACUCUGCACUACCAGCAGUGCUUGGAAACUAUUUCAAGUCUAGAGCUUAAAAUCACGAGCAUUCAAGAUGAAGCCCAAAAGCUCAAGGAUGAGAUAGAUAAUGGAGUUGCAAAGUUAAAGGGUGCUGAAGAACGAUCUCUGCUGUUGGAGAAAUCUAAUCAGUCUCUUCAAUCUGAGUUAGAAGCUUCGGUGGUGAAGAUGAGAACUCAAAGUCAAGAACUUACUGAGAAGCAGAAGGAGUUGGGAAGACUUUGGAUUUGCAAACAAGAAGAGCGCUUGCGUUUUAUGGAGGCCGAAACUGCUUUCCAAACUUUGCAGCAUUUGCACUCUCAAGCUCAGGAAGAAUUAAGAUAUUUAAAUUCAGAACUGCCGAAGAGGGCUCAAAUUUUGAGGGACAUGGAAACUCGUAAUCAGAGUUUGCAGGAUGAAAUCCUGAAGGCGAAGGACGAGAACAACAGCCUCAACGUGUUCAACCUAUCUUCAGCCACAUCAAUGAAGGAUAUGCAAAAAGAGAUCUUUAGCUUACGGGAAAUAAAAGGGAAACUAGAGGAAGAGGUUGAACUCCGAGUGGAUCAGAGAAAUUCUCUUCAGCAAGAAAUAUAUUGUCUGAAACAAGAACUGAAUGAAUUGAACAAAACACACCAGGCAAUGUUGGACCAGGUGGAUGCAGUAGGCUUGAACCCAGAGUGCUUGGGUUCAUCAGUGAAGAAACUGCAGGAUGAGAACUCAAAUUUAAAAGAAAUCUGUCAAAGAGAAAGGACCGAGAAAGUAUCUCUUUUGGAGAAAUUGGAAAUCUUGGAAAAGCUUCUUGAGAAAAAUUCCCUUUUGGAGAAUUCCUUAUCUGACUUGAGUGCUGAGCUAGAAGGGGCUAGAGGGAAGAUCAAAGAACUGGAACAAUCAUACCAGUCUCUUAUGGAGGAGAAAUCUUCACUUGCAGAUGAGAAGGUCACUCUAAUCAGUCAGCUACAAGUAACUACUGAGAAUUUGGAGAAAGUCUCAGAGAAGAACCGCAUUCUGGAAAAUUCCCUUUCUGAUGCACACGAUGAACUUGAAGGGUUGAAGGCAAAAUCAAAGAGCUUAGAAGAUUCAUGCCAGUUUCUUGUUAAUCAGAACGCUGGUCUGAUCAAUGAGAAAGAUUCUUUGGUUUCUCAGUUGGAAAUCACUCGGCAAGGAUUGAAAAACCUGGAGGAGAAAUACAAAGAAUUAGAAGAUGAAAAUUCAGCUCUGGAUAAAGAGAAAGAAGCCACUCUCUGUGAAGUACAAGAGCUACAGGCUUCUUUGCACGUGGAAAAGCAAGAAUAUGCCAGUUUUGCUCAUAUGAAUGAGAUGCGAUUGGCAGUUUUGGAAUCUCAGAUAUGCCUUUUACAAGAAGAAGGUCAGCAGAGGAAGAUAGAAUUCGAAAAAGAGCUAGAUAAAGCUUUGGAUUCUCAAGUUGAGAUGUUCGUCUUGCAGAGAUGUGUUAGAGAUUUGGAAGAGAAGAACUUUUGCCUGUUGAUUGAAUAUAAAAAACUCCUAGAGGCAUCCAAAUUGUCAGAACAACAGAUAUCUGAAUUAGAGAAAAAGAAUAUUGAACAACAGAUGGAGGUAAAAUCCUUGUUUGAUCAAAGCAAUACUAUGAGAACAGGUAUAUAUCAAUUGGUGAAGGCUCUAGACAUCGCUCUCGACCAGGAGCGCGAAGACAAGAUUGAACAAGACCAAACAUAUCUCAUACACAUACAUAGAAAACUUGGGGAUACAAACGAUUCUCUCUGUAAAACCAAGGAAGAAAAUCAGCUGCUGGCUGUUGAGUUGACAGUUCUUGUCACACUGCUUGGGCAAGUAAGAUUAGAGGCAGAAAAUCUACAGAUGGAAAAAAACAUUAUUGACCAAGAGUUCAGGAUCAGGACUGAGCAGUUUGCAGUGUUGCAGAGUGAGAACCUUAAACUCCAUGAGAUAAAUGAAGGCUUGAAAUUGAAAGUGAGGGAAGGAGGUCACAAAGAGGAUGUACUAACGACUGAGGUAGAAAAUCUGCAUGGGCAGUUGUCGGAGAUGCAACGAGCUUACUGUAAUUUACAGUCGGAGAAUUCAGUAUUUCUUGACAAAAAAAGAUCAUUGGCAAACGAAAUAUUGCUCUUGGAGGGAAAUAAUCGUACCCUAAAAGAGGAAAACUGUGUUACCUUUGCUGAAAUGGUAUCUCUGGGCAUCAUAUCUCUCAUUUUCAAAAACUACAUGGAGGAUAAAUUUGUGGAACUAAAAGAGCUUGGUGAAGAUCUAGCCAAACUUCGUGGUGUCAAUGGUGCCCUUGGGGGGAAAUUAAGCUUGAUGGAGAAGAAGUUGGAAGAGGUACAAAUGGAAAACCUGAACCAGAAGGAGACAUUGCAGAUGUGGGAGGAUGAGCUGAAAGCAGUUGCUUUUGCCCGGGAUCAGUUGAUUGGUGAGAUUGCGAAUGGAAUGGAACUUUUAGGUCAAAAAGAAAUGGAACUUCUGGAUGCAAAACAGAAGCUCAAUUUCAUAGAGAAUGAGAGAUCAGAGUUGCAUAAAAUUGUAGAUGAUCUGAAGAGGGAAUAUGAUGAGGUUAAGAUGAUUAGAGAUGACCAGGGAAGGCAGGUUCUCAAACAGUCUGAAGACAAUGAUUGUCUGAAUAAGAUAAACAUUUCCCUUCGUGAAGCAAGUCAGACACUGGAGGUUGAACUGCACCAACUGCAUCAAGACCAUGAAGAAACUAAGACUCGGGAGGAAAGUUUGCGCUCUGAACUGCAAAAGAGAAAUAAUGAGAUUGACAUGUGGGAGACACAGGCUGCAGCAUUCUUCAGUGAAUUGCAGAUGUCCACUAUCUGUCAAGCUUUGCUUGAAGAGAAGGUUCAAGAGCUUGCUGAAGCAUGUGAGAGCCUUGAAGGUGAGAGUACUUCCCAUGAUAUGGUUAUGAAAAUGCUGAAAGAAAAAAUCAGCAUUUUGCAAGCUGAAAAUGAAGGAUUGAAAGCUCAGUUAGCUGCAUAUGGCCCAGCUGUCAUUUCUUUGAGAGAGUGUAUGUUAUGCCUGGAGAAACGCACUUCUUUACAUGCAAAGAUUCAAACAUCUGAAAAUGAGGAAGCAAAGGAUGUUCAACUGGCGACUCAUCAACAUGUUGAAAGCCAACAGGGAGAAGAUCAGCCUGCCGUUGUGCCAGAUGCAUUCUCUGACUUGCAUAGCUUACAAACUAGGGUUAAAACUAUUGAGAAGGCCCUCAUUGAAAUGGAUCAGCUUGCGAUGCAGGAAAACUUAAAUGUGCAUGCCGAACUAGCAGUUGCGAUGAGACAGAUUGAAGGGCUAAAAACAGCCAGCAGCUUGCAUAGAGGAAAAUCUAAACCAACAUCUGAAAUAUCUGAGGUGGAGAAUGGAAUUUUAACUAAAGACAUUAUGCUUGAUCAUAUAUCGGAAUGUUCAUCCUAUGGGCUAAGCAAGAGGGAAAAUGUAGAAGCUGAUAAUCAGAUGCUUGAGCUAUGGCAGACAGUUACUGAUCAGGAUGGGAGCAUCGAUCUUACUGUAGGUAAGGCGAAAAAGGCAGCCACUGCACCCACAAAUAAAGAUACUGAUUACCAUCGGUAUGAAGCAGUAAAGAAACAGAAGAGUGCAUAUCCCACUUCUGACGUGCUGGUUGAGAAGGAGUUGGGUGUGGACAAAUUACAGCUCUCUAAGAGAUCUGUAGAGCCUGGUCCAGAAGGGAACAAGAGGAAGGUUUUGGAGAGGCUUAAUUCUGAUGUUCAAAAGUUGACAAACCUUCAAAUUACUGUGCAAGACUUGAAGAGAAAACUCGAGAUUACUGAAAAGAGCAAAAGAGGCAAAGCUAUUGAUGAGUGUGAGACUUUGAAGGGGCAGCUGGAAGAAGCUGAGGAGACUGUUCUGAAGUUGUUUGAUCUCAAUGGCAAAUUGAUGAAGAAUAUUGAAGAUGGUUCUUUCUCCUCUCAUAAGGAGUCUACUCUGGAGUCAGAAGAUCGAGGAAGUGUCCGAAGAAGGAGAAUUUCAGAGCAGGCACGAAGAAUGUCUGAAAAAAUCGGUCGGUUGCAGUUGGAGGUACAAAAGGUACAGUUUGUUUUGUUGAGACUUGAUGAUGAAAAGGAAAGCAAAGGAAGGACAACAAUCUCAGAGUCAUCAAGAAGAGUUCUCCUCAAAGACUAUCUCUAUGGUGGGAGAUUUUCUUUCCUAGAGAUCCCUUAUGUCUACAGAACCUUGUCUUCCUCGGAGAAACUGCUGUACAUGGCGGGUCCUUUUAUAACCAAGAGGAACUGUCUGGGAAAGCCUGUUUCAUCUUAG